AUGGCAACUAAACACCUUCUUUCGCCGUUUCAAGAUCAUCAUAAUCCUCACAAAACAAGCCAAACACACAAAAACAUUACCGGGAGCCGCGAUAGGAACCCUGAAAACAGCCAUGGGAAGACUGCCUUUGAGGCAUUCGACAGCUGGGGCCCCGCGAGCGUCAGCUCAGACAAUACUCUGCCAGAAGAAGAAUCUCCAUACACCGAACAGUUCUUCUCCGACAUGGCGAAAACAAUUAUCCAUUCCUUUCCAUUCAGGAAAUUUGCGAAACAACAUGGCUGCAAAGUUGAAGACGUUUUCCAUGCAGUCCGUGCAACGGUCGUUGAGCCGCUUUCCAAACCGACUUGUGCGAAGGCCGCGAGACACGCAGCUGCCGUCAGGAUUGCCCAUGCGACCAAAGCCACUGAGUCAACAAAGAGCAAAUCUAAUGCUCCCACGUCUACUUCCAAUAAAUCACCAGAGCUUCGUCGUAGUGCGAAGAGGCGCAAGACGAUGGCUCCCAGCGAACGACAGCUUGUGGAGCAGGAUAUCUAUGGCAAUUACAUCCCUGUAGAAGCCAAAAAGAAAAGAGGCCGUCUUUUUUCAUAA